AUGCAAACAAAGUAUAGCCAGCUUGGUGCUGCAUUAUAUUGCUAUGCAGUCAGUCAUGGCUAUAUUUUUAGGAAUUUAGAUCCAAGUUCGCAUAUAUUAUGUACGCAUAUAUCGAAUUUUUUUUUUCGAAAGCAUUGCGCAGUGCUUCACUAUUUAAUAACGCAUCCCAAAAUCGGUUGGGUGAUGGUUCUCGAUGGUGAUAAUGUGCUUGUCAACUCAUCGAAGAAAAUCGAGGAUUAUAUACCAAGUGUACCCGAUAUUUAUGUAGUGCACAGUGAGCGCUUCUAUAAUGGCGAAAUCUCUGCCGGUAAUUAUCUUAUUUACAAUUGUCAGUGGUCAUAUAUUUAUCUUUUGAAUUGGAUUAACAUGUAUACCAUAUUACCAUCAGUGCCUUACCACAACAACGAUAAUGGAGCGCUUCAUAUACAUUUUGCUUUAUCAGUAGGGAAGAUGCAUCCUGCUUGCUUUGAUCUAUGGUAUGGAUCGCUCAAUGAGACGUGGUAUGAUCGUUACGUCGGUUGUAUCAAAUGUGCCAUUGCUGGUCAGCGACGCUUUGCUCAUAUUUGGCUGUUACGACGUGGUCAUUCAUUUGCACGCGAUUAUCGAGAACCUGAAAAUACAAUCCUCGAAACGGACUUUCUGAUCCAUGGAUUCAAAAAUGAUUCAUCUUAUUAUUAUCGAUGGCAAAUUAGAACCAGUGUGUGUCGGCACAACAUAGCUGCUUGGUCUAUACCUAUUCGGUCGGAAAUGGUGGUUACUAACCGAAGCAUUGCUCAAGCUUUGAUUCGUCAUUAUGACGUGGCAGCGCAAAAAAAUCACCCAGAAAGCAUUGGUAUCGCCGAUGUGUUUGACUGCUGGCCAUUUUGUCAAGUUGAGUUGACCGGUCACAAAGAGCAGACAUAUCUAAAGACUUUGUGCAAAAGUGAUCACCACAGCCCUGAUAUUUGA